AUGGUAGUGAUAAACCAACCGACCAAGAGAAACCGCGCUAGAACACAUGAUCUCGCAAAGGUACAGCUUUCUUCGCUGCCUUUAACUGGCCACGGCGGUGCUGCAACCCAGGCCGUGACCUUGGCUGUGUCGGGUAAAAGGUCAGCCGCGAAGAAGUAUAAAGCUCGCCGGCACUGUCAGCUGGUAUCACUCCCAGCUGGCUCUCGUCUGCCUCUCCUUCUGCUCUCGCUCUCUCGCUCUCCCUCCGUGAUGGCGAUGUCUCUGUUGGUCGUCCUCGCCGCUCUUUUGGGCGCUUCCUACGCCCAAGUAGGAUACAACGUGCCAACUCCCAGUGGGCCCGGAUACUCCUACGGCGCCCCGGACCUCCAGGCGGCCGCCUCCAGCUUCGACGUCGCCGCAGCCGAGGACCCCAUCGCCGCCCUGGCCGCCAACAUCCCCGGCGGAGGCGUCCCUGGCGAGGACUACCCCAUCCUGGCCUCCGUCCCCGACACCGGCUUCUCGUGCGAGGACCAGCAAUUCCCAGGCUACUAUGCUGACACCGCCCCGGAGGCCGGCUGCCAAGUGUUCCACAUCUGCCAGUUCGACGGCCGCCACGACGCCUUCCUGUGCCCCAACGGCACCAUCUUCAACCAGCAGUACUUCGUGUGCGACUGGUGGUUCAACGUGGACUGCGCCGCGUCCGAGCAGUUCGUCGGCCUCAACGCCGACAUCGGGAAGGUCCCCGACAACGCGGCCGCCGCCUCCGACGCCUCCCUCGCCACCUCCUACGGCGCUCCUCAGGCUCAGGCCUCGGCCCAGGUCCCCGUGCAGGCUCCCAACCAAUACUACGGCGCUCCUCAGGCUCAGGCCUCGGCUCAGGCCCCUGUGCAGGCUCCCAACCAGUUCUACGGCGCUCCCAAUGGCUUCUAAGAUUUUUCUUUCACACCUUGAUUCUGAAGAGGACUAUAUAUUUAUCUACUAUAGUAUUUAUGUAAAAACACUACUUGUCCUUCAUUUUCACAUUAAUAGUAUUACUAUCGUUAGUAUUUGUAUUAGUAUUAGUAUUAUCACCGUAAUUAUCCGUCUUUUGUGUACAAAUUGUAGAAUUUAGAUUGCAAAAUACAUAACAAACUGUA